AUGCCAGGCCAGAUGGUGGAUCCUCCGGCGAACCAAGCAACGGCCCAUGAAAAUCUGUCUGCUUCCAAUAACAAAGCAGUAAUUAUCGGUCUAUAUGGAGUGCCCGGCUCUGGUAAGACGUUUUUGCUGAAUCAGCUCAAGCAAGAACUCGGACGAGAGCAUUUCGCCUUCUACGAAGGCUCCGAGAUGAUUUCCGCUGUUGUCCCCGGCGGUCUCGAUGCAUUUCAGAAACUGAAGGAGCAAGAGAGAAUGCAUUGGCGCGAGCUUGCUAUCAACACAAUUAGGAAGAAUUGCGUCGGCAGCGGACAAGUUGCAGUUGUCACUGGACAUUUCAUGUUCUGGCCCGAGGGAGAGGAAUCUGGACGGCCAGUGUGUACUCAGAAUGACCUAGACACCUUUACCCACAUACUCUACUUGGAUGUUCCUGCCGAGGAUGUCGCGCAACGUCGUCUGGACGAUACAGAAAGAAGUCGUCCGCUUAUAUCGGUCACCCAUUUGCAUAAGUGGCAGCAGGAGGAAAAGACCCAGCUGCGCCGUCUCUGCCGCUGUCAUGACAUUUUGUUCUCGUUCCUAUCCCAGCACCCAAUGUUACUGAAAAAGGCCUUAAGGUUAAUACGCGAUUUCCAGCAUCAUUCCGAGAAAUACAACCUGUCCCAGGCUGAAAACAGGCUGGAAGAGGCCCUUGUUGCUGGCCAAGGUCAACUGGAGACAGUAUUAGUCAUGGACGCCGACAGGACGGUAGCUGCAGAGGACACGGGCAUGCUGUUCUGGGAGAGAGUUUCCAACUCUCGGCGGUUGAGGGACGAAGAACGUACGUUGAAGACAUUAUUCAGCAGCCCAUUGGGUUACUCGUAUAAUGCCUUUCGUCAGGCUGUAUUGCUGUAUGAAGAAACCGCCGAAGAUGAAGAGUUUGAUGCGCUCUGCCAAGAUGUGGCAUCAGCGGUCACUAUGUAUCCAGAAUUUGUGUCCCUGUUGCAUUUGGUAGCAGAACAAGACCAUGUUAGAGCGGUGAUUGUUACUUGUGGGCUGCGUCGAGUCUGGGACAAGGUGCUGGAGAAAGAAGGUCUGUCGAAGACGGUGAAAGUCAUCGGCGGGGGACGUAUCGCAGACGGCUUCGUCGUUACAGCUGCAGUGAAAGCCGCAUUGGUUACACGUUUGCGAGAUGCUCACAAGAUGCAUGUUUGGGCCUUCGGAGAUAGUCUACUUGACUUGGACAUGUUAGGCAAGGCACAUCAAGCCAUCGUUGUGGUUGGCGAGGAGCACACCAGGAGCAAGACCAUGGACGCGGCCUUGAUGAAUGCUAUCGACAAUGAUGGUCUUGUGGCGCGCCAAGCUGUGCUGCCCAGCAGUUUUGUCGAUUCUGUCCUCUGCCACCGCAGUCAGCAUGCUAGACUUCAGGUCCUCCAUGCAACAGACAGGAGCGCAGCCAAGCUACUCAUGACGCCGAUGCGCGAUGCGACGUUUGCCGGUCCUGCCCUGAGGGAAGCCCAUCGCCGUGUCGGAUGGUAUCUGGCGACCGAGUUCCUGGCCGAUGUAAUUGGCCUCGAAGAGUAUAGGAUCUCACACGUCCAGGGUCAUCACACAAGCGGGAACCGACUUUUCCACGAGCAACAGACAUCGAUUGUGGCGCUGAUGCGCGGCGGAGAAGCCAUGGCCCUCGGCGUCAACGACGCCUUCCCGCUUGCAAUGUUUGUGCAUGCUAGUUCUCCUAAUGACAUCAUGCUUCAUCAUUUGCAGGGACAGCUCACACUGUUGUUGGUAGAUUCAGUGGUGAACAGUGGCAAGACGGUAGUGCAGUUCGUGCAACACGUCCGCAACUUACAUGCCACUAUUCGCAUCGUGGUAGUUACUGGCGUCGCCCAGGCCCAGUCCGUUUUCAGCGGCAGUGUCGCCCAGGCGCUCGCUCGUCACGCAAGAGUCAGUCUUGUUGCACUCCGCAUCUCUGAAAACAAGUUCACCGGCAGAGGCACUACCGACACUGGCAACCGUCUGUUCAACACAACGCAUCUGCCCUGA